UUAUACCAUCAACGCGCACUGUUACCCUAAUUCUUCUCCGAUGCUUCCGCUCCUCGCCGGAGUUCGCUUCUCCUCAUCCUCCACCGCUUCUACAGCAUUCUCAUUAGAUUAACUUUCUUCGAGUCGUCAGCCUCUUCACCGAGCGACUGAUCUAAUCUUGCAGAACUCUUUCGGGUAGAUUGAGCAAAUCCGAGUCGCCGGUAGAAAUGUUUACCAAUCACAAGCGACAGGCGGAGAGGACAGGGAGGUCCGGUACUCCUCGAGCUCAAUAUCUCCAGGAGCUUGUGUCAGAGUUCCAGAAGGCAACAAAUGAAGAAUCAAAAGAGAGAAUUGUGGCCAAUUUGGCUAACUUUGCCUAUGAUCCUUACAAUUAUGAAUUUAUGCGCCAGCUUAAUGUUUUGGAACUAUUCCUGGACUGCAUUACAGAGCCAAAUGAAAAACUUGUUGAAUUUGGCAUUGGUGGAAUCUGCAACUCUUCUGUUGAUCCAGCAAAUGCUGCAUUGAUCAUUCAAUGCGAUGGAGUUCCUUUGGUGAUACAGUGCUUAUCUAGCCCGGUUAGAAACACUGUGUCCUAUGCUCUUGGAGCUCUCUACUAUCUUUGCGAUCAUUCUUCUAAAAAAGAGAUCUUGAAACCAGAGGUACUGGAAAUAAUCCGAAGGUAUGCAGCAGCCGGAUCUAUCAACCUCACGCUGAGCAAUUUGGCAAAUGCCUUUUUGCAGAAACAUGUAAACCAAUGACAUCGGUCUCCUGCAUCCCUUUUUAAUGUGCAUGGAAACUAGCAUCAGCCACAAGGAGCGAAGCAUGUGCUGCUGUUGAUGAGGAUCACACGGCCGGCCAACACGGACUUGUCCCCGUGGAGCUGCGUCGUUGGCGGUGGUCUUUUUCUUCGUGGGAGGAGGUUGAGUAUGUCAACACACGUGAAGUCGACUGAUCUAGGUCAGUGGACGAAAUCCUGAAAAAAAAAUUAGUUGAGAUUGAAGUCAGAUGGAGAGAUAAUUGAGAUUUGGUAGCUUGCUUAAGAGGACUUGUGGCAAUGCAGCAGCUUCCUUUGUCAAAA